CGAACAAUGCCAUCGCAUUGGAUCCGUCCGUGUUCAAAUCCCCUUACAAUCACUCUUUCAAUAUUGCUAACAAUUACCGUCACUCUCAUACCAUUACCCAUUGUCAUUGCUAUCCAUCACUUUAUCUCAAAUUUCUCUCCGACCAUUCACUUUCAUUUCCAGUACUCCUAUCACUUCUCUCUCUCUCUUUGCUCUAUAACACUACAAAGAACAAUAUAAUCCUCAGGUACUGGAGAAGGAACGAAUGGAAACAGCAUGAAGCAAACAGGACGCUUUAGUUUUGCUGGGGAUGACAACUUCUUUAGUUUUACACUCUGUAAAAUGACUGAUAAGGAGAGCAUCCUGCUGUAGAAACCUUGUCAAAAAUGAUAUAGUCAACGACUCGUCUUGGAGGUCAGUAACUCAAAAUAAGAACUGACUCGGAGCGUGACGACCUACCCAAAUCAUGACAUCAUGGAAAACUGAACGUAAAUUGCUGCUGCUGCUGCUGCUGACGAUGAUGAUGAUGGCGACAGCCUGCUGAUAUACUUCUUACUUCUUGCAAGAAAUACCGUACUUUCUUUACAAACACACUUUGUUUACGUUUAGCUUGAUGAAGCAGAUCUAUAAUUAAAAGCUUUCCAGUCAUGACCCCACAUCCAUCUUUUUUAAAGCUUAGUAUAACUAGGACUACAUUAUCUAAUGUUGUCUCCUUAAUAACACAUCGGUGUGUUGCAUUGAUGGAGAGCUAACAGCUAUUUCUACAAAGCGCGCAACAAGGUAGUCAUUUCUCGUUACUUCGUGUCACCGCCUCGUUUUCAUCGCAGGUCAACUUAUACCGAUUUCACACUUACAUGGCCUAAUGCAUCUCCUGCAUUUUAAUUAGUGUUCUGCUUGAUAUAUCGAACAUCGUUCGAGCUGUGUUUAUCACAAUGUGCCUGAAAGUCUGUCUGCUGUGUUCCACUGGUUGGUUUUCAUUGCUUCCACUAUCCUGUUUACCACUUUUGCUACUUUAUGGUCUCGCAUGUGGUGCGGAUACCAUCCUUCGAAUGUCACUCCUUUUGUCAUUGGUCUGUGUCCUGGGGCAUUAUAUUUCAAUUAAUUGGAUUUUUCUUCAACCAUUUGGAGAGGUUGGAUUAUUUAUUCUGCUGUGGGCUCUCCCUGUGAAACUCAUCCCUUAUUCAGUGGUAUAUGUCUAUGGCUUUGUGCUGCAGUUAUUUGAACCUAUCAUGUUAUUCCAAGAAGUUCUCUUUAUUCUUCUCCUAGCAACAAAACUUUCCAAUUACAUAAAUGAUUUGGCUGAAGAGGAUGAUGAGGAUAACCUGUACAUAUAUCAAAUUAUAUUUGCUAUAUUUUCUAUUCUAAACUAUGGUUUAUCCUGUUAUAUUGUGUUAAUAACUUUUAACAGCAACACCUGGCUUCUUUAUGUGAUAUUGUUUCUAACAGUCUUCAACCAUGUUCUCAUGUGGUCAUUAGGAACUGGACAGAUGUGGGAAACUGCUUUUAGCUUCAUGUUGACCAUGCUUAUACUUUUACUCAUGAAAACAGAGAACAACUUAAAUGAAAAUAUAGAAUUACCUAUUUUAUCCUGUUUUGAUUCUAAACACACUUUGAUAGAAUUUGUGAGCAGUGUUUGGCAACUAAACUCUGAGAAACUAUCCAACUUUCUAAAUUUGAUUGGCAGAUUUUUAAGUCCUAUUUUUCUUGGCACUAUUUUCCUACGGCUCUUUUCUGUCAAUUGCUUCAAUUAUCAGAAAACUGUUUCAAUGUUUUUUGAAAACGAAGACAAAGAAGAUGAUGAUUUAUUAGAAGAAAGUAGUCUGUCCAUUUUAAGUUGCUCAGGUUUACAACCAACUCUUGUUUGUAAAUUGGGCACAGUUUUUGUUGUUACGCAACUUAUGAUUAGACAAUUUUAUCUUUUUAUCGGAAAUGGCUUAAUUGCUCAGCAAGAAUGGAUAAAAAAUUGGUUGCCUGAUAAUAUAUUAAUUGGAAGAGUAACUCAAAUGUUUUUGGUGAAUAUUUUCUUUCAGCAUUCAAUUUACAGACGAUGGUCAGAUAAUUCUUAAAUAAUCAUUAUUUUGGAGACUAUUGCACUUUUCACAUAACAACAAACACCAUUUACAUUAUUGAUAUAUUUCAUUAUGAAAUCCAAAAUCAAGUAAUGGAAUUAUUGUUUCUGAUUUCUGCUGAGAAUGUUUUAGAAAUCAUAAGGAUUCCAAUUCCAAAAGAGAAAUAAUCCAUGUUGACAAUAUUCACACUUGGCCUUAAUUCUUUUCUUUUUUUCAUAUCCAUCUUUAUGAAUUCCAACAGUUCCUUUUAAAACAAAGACUUAUUCAUGUUCUUUGACACAAAUACUGGCACAUUUAAGAUAAUUAAAUUUCUUAUAAGCACUUACUUACUCAGAAAACUAUUGAAAACUAUUGCUCCUACAUCAGGAAUGGUAUUGCUGUUCAAUGGAAAACACUCCUAAAUAUAGAAUGAUACUGGUAUUCUGCUACUCAUAUUUUAUGUUGUUUCCACAUUUAGUUGGUACUACUUGUUAGUGGAAUACUUUCCUACUUCUAAGACAGUAUUGCUGUUCAAUGGAAUAUUCCUCUAAAUCUAAGACAAUACUGCUGUCCAAUGGAAUACUGCUCUCAUGUCAGGGACUGUGCCAUUACUUAAUGGAAUAUUUUCCGAAAUCUGGCAUGCUGCUGCUACCCAAGAAAGAACACUACUCCUUACUUCUAUGAUGAUGCUGUUAUUCACAUCAUUACCUCUCAUUUUGUACAACUUAAAAUUUGAAAGAGUUGUUAGUCUCUGCACUUUUGCUAAUCCCAAGAUUUCUAAAAAUUCUUAAACUGAUGCUUCUAACUUGAUAGAAUACUAAUGAAACAGCUGAGAAAUCGAAAAUCCAUACAAGAUCAUCAGUUAUAAACAGCGUGAAGAAAAAUGUAGAGUUAAGGGGCUGAGAUAAAGGAACCCAAAGGGUUUUUUAAAAGAUGCAACUUUGCCCAAAAGCUUCAUAUUUGAAACCAACAACUCAACAUGGUAAAAAACAUUUUGCUAAAAAUGAUUCUGUCCUCUUUUUAGCUAUCAAAUUCUCUUGAUUUAACCAAAAUAUUUCUUUAAUUGAAAUUUGUGGCCCAGAAAAUAAUGCCAUUAGAAGGUUUAAAAGCAAUAUGAAGUAUGAAUUGAUAAUAAAGAUUUGACAAGACAGCAGGGAGAGAGGUCAGAUUUAAGGUGUUGGGUGUUUGCCUUCUGCCAUACUUGAUAUGUAACUGUAGGACUACUAUAAAUUGGCUAUGAAUUGACUUAGGUAACAGAAACAGUCUAUUAUGUCUGGCAUUUUAAGCAAGACCUGGUACCACUUUUUGGGAACUGGAUACUCCUGAAAGAUGGAGCUGACUUUGCCAUCUGGUAAAGAGUAAAUGAGCAAAAGGUUGAAACUGUAAUAAUUGGAACGAUGCUGAUGAUGAUAAUAAACUUCAGAUACAUUAUUUCUGUGUAUAUUUGCUAA